AUGGGUCUACUCCCUACUACCACCCUAGAAGCCCUCAAAAACCGAAUUGAUUCAGCUUGCAGCGAUCUUGACAAUGGAAUCCCAGGCGUUGCUGUCGCAGUCGCUGGAAAAGAUGGCAAGCUCAUGUUUUCCCACGCAGGAGGACAGAGAGGACAUGGAAGUCCCGAGCCAAUGAGAACCGACAAUGUCUUUUGGAUCGCGUCAUGCACGAAAUUGAUCACCGGGAUUGCGUGCAUGCAGCUGGUGGAACAGGGGCGGCUUUCCUUGGAUGACGCUAAGGAAAUCGAGCAGAUCUGCCCCGAGCUGAAGGACGUCAAAGUCUUGCAAGAAGAUGGGAAAUUGGUUGACAAGAAAAGAGGCAUCACGUUGAGGAUGUUAUUGAGUCACACGGCUGGUUUUGGAUAUGCCUUCAUGAAUCACAAAUUACGAGACUACGGCCGCCCUGCUGGCUACGAUGAAUUUGCGGGACAUCUUAGCGACUUCAAACAGCCAUUGGUGAACCAGCCAGGAGAAGUUUGGGAGUAUGGGGUAGGCAUCGAUUGGGUAGGCAUUGUGAUUGAACGUGUCUCCGGAAAAUCCCUGAACGAAUAUUUCCACCAAUACAUCUUUGAACCGCUGGGCCUUACUGAGAUAUCGAUGAUCCCGACUCCAACGAUGAAGAACAGACUAGCCUAUAUGCACCAGCGUGAUUCGACCGGCCGAAUCCAUUCCCGGAACCAUUUACUCCGACGACCGCUGAUAGUGGACAACGAGACCGACGUGAAGUCAUUAUUCAACAGUGGUGGAGCAGGAUGUUUCUCAACACCCCAAGAUUACUGCCAGAUUCUAACUGUACUGCUUAACAACGGGACUUCUCCAAUCACCGGAAAGCAGCUACUGAAUAAAGACACCGUGGAGGAAAUGUUCAGCGACCAAAUCGGAAGUCUUCCACCCCUGCGUGAAAAGUACAUGGCCAACGCAGAGCCGGACCUAACGAACUCUGCCACGGGUCUACACCCAACUGUUGCCGGGGAUCGCCAAGGAUGGGGACUGACCUUCAUGCUAAGCGGGGGCACUACGGGCCGUUCUCUAAGGACGGCACAGUGGUCUGGGCUGCCGAACCUUUUCUGGUGGUGUGAUCGUGAAAAUGGUGUGGCGGGAAUGAUAUGCGCGCAAAUUCUGCCAUUUGGCGAUGGUCAAGUGUUCCAACUGUACCAGGACGUCGAGGCGGGGGUUUAUAAGGGUCUUGCGGGAUCAGCAUGA